AGCCAGGCACCACCAGUCCCCAUCAAUAACCCAAACCCUUUUCCUUUUUCAUUUUAUUAAUUUGUAUAUUAAUUUGGCCUUUUUAUGUUCUGUAAACACAUAUAUAUACCCUUCUCCACAUACUCCAUUGCCCACACCAGAAUUGGAAUUAUUCACUUCUCUCGUCUCCUUUCCGAAUGCCGGAAAACAUGAGCAUAUCUGUAAAUGGACAGUCCCAAGUCCCACCUGGAUUCCGAUUUCACCCCACGGAAGAGGAGCUCUUGCAAUACUAUCUCAAAAAGAAGGUUUCCUAUGAGAAAAUAGAUUUAGAUGUAAUUCGGGAUGUUGAUCUUAAUAAGCUCGAGCCAUGGGAUAUUCAAGAGAGUUGCAAAAUCGGAUCCACUCCUCAAAAUGAUUGGUACUUUUUUAGCCACAAAGACAAGAAGUAUCCCACCGGAACUCGCACAAACCGUGCCACCGCCGCCGGAUUCUGGAAGGCGACCGGGCGAGACAAGAUCAUUUAUAGCAACUUCCGGAGGACCGGGAUGAGAAAAACGUUGGUUUUCUACAAAGGGCGAGCUCCUCAUGGCCAAAAAUCUGAUUGGAUCAUGCAUGAAUACAGGCUAGACGAUAGCAUCGUUGAAACAACUGUCUCCAAUGCUAUGGAAGAGGGAACACAAGAAGAAGGAUGGGUGGUGUGUCGUAUCUUCAAGAAGAAAAAUAAUCAAAAAACCCUGGAUGAUCCCAUUAGCUCAUCUCUGAGUUCAGAAACCAGGAACCAUAUGUUCGGUUCAUGUAAUGAAGGAGACUUGGAGCAGAUACUCGAACACAUGCGACGGAAUUGCAAUGAAGAUGAUAUAGUAAACAACAGUUCGAGAUUCAUCAGGCCUAUCGAGACAGCCAUCGGCAAUGGCUACCCGGACUCAUUCAUGAAACUCCCGAGCCUCGAGAGCCCGAAUUCGACGAGCAGCCAAACCGGUUAUCGGCAGAUAAUGAUGGACAGUGGAGGUUCGAUCACAAAUAAGGUGAGUGGUAAUGAGUCACGACUCACAAACUGGGCAGCGCUGGACCGGCUCGUAGCCUCCCAACUCAACGGGCUAACAGAGACAUCUAGGCAAUUGGCCUGCUUCAGUGACACCUCUAUGGUUUACAGCAACCCCAGCACUGAUCACCAAAAUCAUGAUGAUCUCCAAUUACCGGCCGUUCAAUACAACAGCGAGAUAGACCUGUGGAGUUUCACUAGAUCAUCAUCUUCAUCCGACCCAUUGUGCCACGUGGUGAAUGCUGGUGUAUAACAGAACAACCCUACAUAUAAUCAUACCUUAGUACCUAAAGUCAGCAGGUUAUUAUUACAGCUAUCAGUUAUGUUGAUGAAUAUAUAUAUAUACGUGUAGAGAUGAUAAAUAAAAAAGUGAGAAUUAUUCUUCGACGAGGGACCCUUAUCUUUACUGAAUCAAGAUGUCUUCCAUUUUCG